AUGUUGUCCAGUCAUGGCAUGUUCUCACUUAUAUCUGCUUUCUUUCCACUUCCUGCGAUCAUGGCUCGCUGGACUGCACAGGACUUCAUUCAGGAGAUGGCUUCCAUAGAGAGGCUGGUGGCCCUUAGGCCAGGUGCAGACCUGGAGCCAAAGAUAGUCGGGCAGCUCCAAGAUCGCAUGGUUCACCAUCCUUCGUGGACCGCAGAGCAGCUGUGCAGCAUGAUAGAGGCAGUAAAUGCUUCGAAGCUGUCAGCCAGCAGUAUGGAAAGCUUGCUGAAAGCUUUGGACGAUGCUGCGGGCCCCACAUUGUCUUGUCAAUCCCAAGUGCAUUUGACAAGCAAACCUCAGAGCCUUGUUCAGAUCUUCAACUACUUGUCGCAGCGAGACUGGGCCCGGUUGGAGUCUUGCAGCAGCUGGGAUGCAACGGUCGUGGUGAGCGAGAGGCUGAAGAGGUGUGGCUUGACUUCACUGAAGGAAAGAAACAAAGAAGUGGGCCACAGCGAUCAUCGUCCAUCACCAGAUCCAGCGGUUGAAUGUGUCGCCAAGCUACGACGACAUCUACCGUUUAGCAGAGCAGCCCCACAAGGUCUUCCUGAACACCCAGGUGAAAAACAAGGCCAGCGGUGUCACCCCCCAGGACUUGGGUGCCAGCUUCAUGGAGGCCGCGUACGACAAAAACGACCCGCCUGUGCCGAAGGACUUGGCAGGUCUCGCAGCCGUGUGCAACACGAGACACCAGUGCGAAGCACAUCACGCUUGCUGUCCUGGAACCAAAAGAAGAACCCGAAGAACAAAAACUCCAUGUCGGAUGGUGACAAUGACCCUGUCCACCAGCUGCUGCAGAAGUUCUUGCUGAAGACAGUGGGGACUCUAGACUCCGGCAGUUCGGCCGGGCAGGCUGGCGGCACCUUCCCGGAGUCCCGAGCAGCAGCACCCCACUGCACUACAGCCUCGUUGCUGUCCCAGCAGCAGCCACACUCCUCUGCUCAGGCCGUGUCGCCUCUGCUUUUUGAGGCAACGAGGCCAGUCCCUGCAGCAGAGCCUGCUGUUCAGCAGCCUCCAGCCCAAGGCCAGCGGCCCAGCAGUCCAUGGAGGCAGCAAACCAGCAACCCUCAAAUCAGGCGGCGCAAAGUCAGGACCAGCAGCAGCCAACUGCUGCUGGGCCCUUGGCAGAGCGGGAAGCUAGGGCCUUCAGAAAGGCAAGCCCGGCAAAACAAAAAACUUCAAGAGGCCUGCAGCAGCUGUUCAGUCUGA